AUGCAAGCAAACAGUUUCGACGUAAAUAAUUUUUAUGAAUCGAGUUCGAAUUUCUUAUAUAAGCAUAAUGGUGGCAAUCAUUAUGAAGGAGAUAAAAUAUAUACUAAACAAAUUAUAGGUUUGCGCGAAACGAAUUAUAACUAUACUGAUAUAUUAUCCAACUUAGAAGAUGUAGACUGUGAUGUGGAAGAGUUAAUCCAUGAAAUUACGAACCAAUUAGAAAAACUGAAAAAAGAUAAUGGCAAUAAUGGGGAAUAUGAAUUAGCAGUGAAACCAAAUAUAGAUAAAAGGCUAAUAAAAAAAAAUACGCAUCCCCAUGCAUCAAGUUAUGAAAAUUUUAAAGAAUGGGAACAUAAUGAAAAUACCUUGAAUAUAAAUGACGAAUACUUUAAAAGUAAAUAUGAUGAGGUUGUUUCAGGAAUAUAUUAUGAUAUGAUCAAGGAUAAAUCAGAGUUUAACAAAAUGUACAAAGAUGUCAUGAAGAAUAAUCUAUUAGUCACCGCAGUUGCAUUAUUGUGUUUAUUGACAGGAGGUUUUGCAUUGCCAUUUAUUUUAUUAUUAAUACCAAAAGCGAGAUACACGAUUAAGAGGCUAUGGAAACUUAGAAAAUUAUGCAAAAAAAAAUUUGAUAAGUUAGAAUAG